GAUGAAUUAAGUACUUUUGAAUUUUUUCAUGCGCAAGAUUAAUUGUGUGUCAAAACACCCGUUUAAAUCUUGUUACAAAUUGAUCCGAUGAAAGGUGGGGGAAUAUUUUAUUUGAAUUUAUUUUUAAAAAAAUCGAUGCUUGAACUAUAUAAUUUACCUUUUAUAUUUUUUCAACAACUGCUAGGUGAUUUUUUUUGCAUCAUAAUUCACGCGCAAUUAACUCUACCGCGCAGACUCUUUCAUUACACUUUUUGGUCCGUUUUAUUUAAUUUCAACUAUGUUAAUACAAUGCCACGCCCACUAUUUGACAGCCGUUAUUUCAACGAGUUUGAAGUGCCUUGAACCCGCCCAUUUAUUCGAUUAUUACCCGUUGUCAUGGAUAGUUAUCUUAACUCUCUAGGCCACGCGCCAGGUCGAUCAGGGCUAAUAAUGAUGUUACCUGAGGAAAUGCACGCGACAAAGAAUUUUCUCAUUGGUUAAUUAUUUUUGUGUCACGUGCCCCGGGUGAAAUUAUCAAAAUGGGUAUAAAAGCGGUGAAGAAUCUCUAAUUUUCUUCAAGAAAACAAAUGAGUUGGAAUAUUAAUAUACAAGCAUACAAAAAGUAAAAGUAGAAUCUGGUAUUGUUAUAUUAAAUAACUAUUGAAGUAUAAGGAAAACAAAAAAUGUUAGAAAAUAUAGAAUUUGAUUAUUUUAUCGAAGACUAUUUAGACGAUUUAUCGGAAUCAUCAUUUUCUAACACUGACGAUGAAAUAUCAAAUUCAUCCGCGGACUUUUCCAAUUUCGGUUCCAAUUUCGGUUCAUACGUUUUCCAACCGGAUAAUUUCGGGAAAUGUAAAAGAAGCCGGAAAAAGAACUACCAACAUCAGUUACAGCAAAGGCACGCGGCAAAUCUGCGUGAGAGGAGACGCAUGCAGUCUAUAAAUGAAGCGUUUGAAGGACUUAGAUCACAUAUACCUACCUUACCAUACGAGAAAAGACUUUCGAAAGUUGAUACUUUAAGACUUGCCAUUGGGUAUAUAAGUUUUUUGGCGGACAUGGUGAAUUCAACUGGCUCGGCAGACGAUCCUUUCCGGACUACACUCGAGAAUUCAAGAAAAGUGAUCAUACACUGCCAAACAGGUUUUGAUAACGACCCAUUCGAGGCCUCGACAUUAGUCGGACAUUCGUUAUCUUGGAAAAACGAGAAAUCUACGAGAAUUGGACCCGAUAACAAAAUGCAUGCAAAGAUAUGGCGACCGGAAGAUCCGUGUGUAUCACGUGACGAACAGAAUGUGUUAUGUGAUGAUCGGAACAUAUCACGUGAUAACAAAAAUGAGAAUAAAAACAACAACAACUGUGAUAAAAAUACUUGUUUUACUAAUGCAUCGACUGUGAAGAAUAAGGAAAAUCAGUCCAUAGUAAAUGAAAUGGACAAAAGCUAGUAAACAAAAUAUAUUUAUCACGUGUUUAUAUCUGACAAUCACAUGUUCGUAAAAUGUAAUGACGUAGAACACACAUUUUCUAGCAGUUACUGUACUUAACUUAAUUUGAGGACAGCUGAGUCUCAAUGUCAUAAAACUGAGUUCUGUCUCAAAUAUCAUGAUUUUCAUUGGUUAAUUUACAUUCUAUGCCGGUUUCAGACCAAUCAAAUGCCCGAGUAUCUAGAAACACUUACACCCUUUGACCUUUAACCAACAUUUCCUCAAUUUCACAAUAUCUUUGUCUCGAAUUCUUUAUUAGGAAGAAAAUAUGGAUAUCUAUUUCAAAUUUAAUUAUAGAAAAUUUUCUUUUUUGAAAAGCUGAAGGUUUUCAAAGAACGGUGUACUAAUUGAGAAAUUCUUUUAUCAUGUUUCAUGUUAAACUUUAACUUUAGAUUUGUGGUUAUUUUAUUUAAUCUUUUCUACAAUAUAUAUUUUAUUAUUAAAAACAAAAUAUAUAUGGUGAUUCAACUUUUAUUUAUUUUUCUUCUUAAUUUAUUUAUAAUUUACAUAUUGGCGCAUAGUGUAGCGUGUGUAAUUAUUUCUUUGAUUCUUUUCUCCCAUUUUUUUUUUAUCUUUUCUCCCA